AUGUUUUUUCGUCGUGCAUUUUCAAAAAAUCAGCAUGAUUACAAUAAUAGUAAAGAAAGUUUUGAGGAAAUGUCACCAAAUCAUGCUGAAUAUUCCGAAUCACCGCCACAAAGAACUUGGCAAAUGAAGACACAACAAAAUAAUGGUCAUGUUAAUAGUGGCAAUAAUAUGCAUAAUGUGCAACGACGUGGAUCAUUUGGCGAAAAGGAAAAGCAAUUAAGAACAACCAAUGUCUCAGCAAUUAGUUGUGGGGGUGGAUUAAGUGUGCUUCAAUUGACGCCGAUAUGGGAACAUAUAAUUAGAACAAAUUCACUUCCUCACUCAAUAAACAUCGAUGAGCUCUUUGAAGAAUUUUUUGCAAGACUUCAUGAUCCUGAAAUAUCAGUAAGAUCACAUGCUUUGAGAGUUCUUGUUGAUGUUCUCAUUGUGAUGGGACAGCAAGCAGACUAUCAUAUUGGGAAUAUUCUUCAUCCACUUGUUGAUAAUUUAGGUCAUAUUGCACCAGCUGUAAGGAAAAGUGCAUUAGAUGCAUUACGUGUGUAUGUGGCUCAAAGUGCAAUGCCAGAGACUGUUAUGCUCGAUAUAAUGAGCUAUGGUAUGAAUAGACCUGCAAAUGAUCCAUUUUCUGGAAGAUUAACAGUCGCAAUAAUGCUCGCAUUACCAGCAUUAAUUCUACCUGUUUUAAUAACACCAAAACGAUCAUAUGUUGUGAGAGCUGUUAUUGACUCCCUUUCAAGCAAAAUGGUGCAAAUAACAUAUCAAGAAAUAGCAUUAAAAAUUCUCCUGAAAAUUAAGGAAAUGGUUGGACUUAAUGAAUUUCAUGAAUAUAUGCCGAUUAAUGUUAAAAAGGACUUUGAUUUAUUGUGUAAAGUUUAUGGAUUACCAAAAAGUCCAAGUUUUAAUGAUUCCGGUGUAGAUAUGCAUGUUCCUGCUUAUGAUCCUAAAAAGCCAUGGGCAUCUAAAUUUGUACCUAAAAAAGAUAUUCAAGGUAACUGUCCUACAUCACAUGCUCCAAUUGAUACAACAAACGCAAAAUUUUUUGGUGGAAAUUAUGACGCAACUUAUCCAUUUGAAAGAACGCGAUUAAGCAAUAACUUAGGAACACCCAAAAAGAUUAGAUCACCACGCCAAACGAGUGCUGGAAUAUUAAGGUCAUCUUCUGAACAGAGUUUAAAUAGUUUAUCAAAUAAUAAUUUGACAGUCGAAAUCAAUGGUAAUUCAAGUGGCAGUGAAAGUGGUGGUAGUUCAAUGUCAUUUCAAACGCAAAAUAAUACAUUUGCAAACAGUAAAGUGGUUUCUUUAGAGAAUGGUGUAAAUGGUGAAAAAGCUGUUGUGAAUGGAAAAGUGAUAAUGGAAACUGAGAUAAAAAUAACCCCAGAAACUGCUGUAACAAUGAGAAUAUUAGAGCAAAAUCCGAGCAUGCAAACUGAUGAUAGUGAUGAUGAAAACGGAAAUGCAAAAAGAAUUGUUACUGAUUUUAGUGCACCAUAUCCUGUGACUCCAAUGAAAGCAAAAUAUGUGGAUGACUCAAAGUUUACUGAAAAUUUGAUGCCCCAAAAAAAUGGUCGUCGUGUUCGGUUUGGUGGUGAAAUAAUUAAAAUAAGAACUCCUGAUAGUGAUUUUGUUGAUCAAAGUGAUGAUAAUGAGACAAGUAAUGGAACUAUAACAUAUGUCAAAGAAAAUUCAAAUUUAUCUGAUAACUCAUCAAUUUCAUCAGAUAAUUCGACAACUAAUGAAUAUAUUCGACAGGCCAAUGUAGGAUUUAUUAACGAGCCAUUGUCAUUAAAUCAGUUAAGGAAUAAUAUUGGUCAAUUGAAAGAGAAGAAAGCAGAUAGUUUUGUAAAGAAAUCGAGUGCUGAAUUAAUAAUACCGAGUACAAAUGAUUCGACAAGUUACUCUAGAGCCACUCCAAUGAUUGCAAGACCUGUUUCCUCUCGACCUUCCAUUAUUCAUACGACACCAGAUUCUCGACCAACAUCUUCAAAUCGACCUAUCAUUAACUCUCCGUCCAAUUCACGUCCAACUUCAAGUCAUCGUCCAAUUCUUCGAACACAACCGAUAAUUAUUAAAAAUCAUGAAUCUAAAUCAGAAUCAUCGUCUUCAACUGAUUAUUCACAAGAAUUAAAUAUUAGGAUUCCUGACGUGGAGACUGUUUUACCAGCACAUUUUACUCCUCCAAACAUCAUGAUAAAAAAGAAUAGUCCAGCACAUGGUGAAACAUAUCUUCAUCCUAGAAGACCAGCUACCUCCCCUAUGAUUUCACCCAAAAUUAUUACAAUACCUCCGACUUCUUCUUCAUCGCAUUCCUCAAUGAAUAAUAGUCCAAUGAAAUCAGCUCCAGCAACACCUAAUAUGUUUUCACCAUCGAAACAUCGCAUUGAUUCUGGUAACAAUGGAACUCCUAUGAGAAGAGCUGUGUCAAGUUUAUCACCACGAAUGAUUCAUCGUGAAGUAACAAUGCUUCAUAAUUUAACAAGAAGUCCUGGUGCUUCCCCAGCAAGAAAUAGAAAAAAUUCAAUUUCUAUAGAAUUUAAAACUGAAGAAGGAACACAAACAUCUUUAGACCAUUCAAGGUAUGAUGAAAUGACACAGACGCCAAAUGGAAGUGUGAGAACUGAUGAAAUGACUCAAACCACAAUUGUUGGUGAAAUGAAAUGUACAGACUCGUGUAGUGUUGAAGAAUCCCCAUGUAGUAUCAAAGAAAGUCCAAUUACGUUAAAUAUAUAUCAACAACCCAUGCCGGAGUACAAAUCAUGGGAAGAAUUGGGCAUUGUGGAUUAUUAUGUAUUAAAGGAUUUAAAGAGCGGGGUAAGUGUGAUUCACAAUCAUAAUAAUUCACUUAAACCAUAA